GCAACCUCUAGUUUAUCAACCCACUGGAUCUCAUAUAUCUUUCUAGAUUUAUAUAGCUUCUUACUUCCAUUUCCAUCCCACUCAUUAUUCUUCUUCUUCUUCUUCUUCAUUCGAUCAACCAUUUUCGUUUCUUACUUUCUCGCUCCUCAAAACAUGGACGUGCGGUUCAAAUUGAGAGAGAUCCUUAAUAUUAGUGUUACUGGUCCGAAAAUAAGCACAAGCAAAAACCAAACCAAAACAGGUUCUACUGGAGCAGCUGAAUCAUCAUUUUACAAGUAUAAUGAUCCUUGCAAUAACAGCAGUACUACUUCUGAUGAAUCAUUCAAGAAGCUGGAGCAGGAGGUUCCGAACACUGAGUUGGCGGAGCUAAGACUGUCUUGGCUUCGCUCUCAAGUCAUCGGUGCUUCUGUAGAAUUCGAUUCUCCCUUUGGGAAACGACGACUCACCUACGCCGAUCACACUGCUUCCGGCCGCUCUCUUCACUAUAUCGAAAGCUUCAUCAUCGACAAUAUUCUUCCCUUUUAUGGAAAUACUCAUACUUGCGAGAGUUAUGUUGGUCGUAGGACUACAAAAAUGGUGUAUGAAGCAGGCAAAUACAUCAAGAAAUGCUUAGGGGGUGGAGAAGAUGAUGCACUCAUGUUUUGCGGCCAAGGAACCACUUCAGCAAUUAAAAGGCUCCAAGAGGUGAUGGGCGUUACCGUACCAUCAAUAUUGAGGGAGAGGGUCAUAAAUACUCUUGGCACCCAAGAAAGAUGGGUGGUGUUUGUUGGUCCCUAUGAGCACCACUCGAACCUUCUUUCGUGGCGGCAAAGCCUGGCUGAAGUAGUUGAGAUUGGUCUAAAUGAUGAAGGCUUACUGGACAUGGAGGCUCUUACACUGCAACUCGAGUCAUUCAAACACGCCAACCGCCCAAUUUUGGGUUCCUUCUCAGCUUGUAGUAAUGUCACCGGAGUUUAUUCGGACACGCGAGCAAUUGCACGACUUCUUCAUGGAUAUGGAGGAUUUGUGUGCUUUGAUUAUGCCGCAAGUGGACCAUAUGUGGAAAUCGAUAUGAGGUCAGGGGAGAUAGACGGGUACGAUGGUGUUUUUCUUAGUCCACACAAGUUUGUUGGGGGGCCUGGUUCCCCAGGCAUACUCCUAAUGAGCAAGGCUCUCUAUCAGCUAAGAUCUUCUCCACCAUCCACUUGUGGAGGUGGAACUGUUGAUUAUGUAAAUGGCUUCAAUGAAAAGGACACAUUAUAUUUUGAGGACAUUGAAGAAAGGGAAAACGGGGGCACACCUCAAAUAAUACAAACAAUUCGAGCAGCAUUGGCUUUUUGGGUGAAGGACUACAUUGGUUAUGAAGUGAUAGAGAAACAAGAGCAGAUCUAUGUUAAAAAGGCACUGCAAAGGCUCCUCCCAAACAAAAAGAUAAAGAUUUUGGGAAAUACAAGUGCCAAGAGACAAGCUAUUUUGUCUUUCCUCAUUUACUCUACAACUACUAGUGCUACUUCAAAUGCAAGCAUCCAGUACAACAUGUGGGGAGAGACUGAGAAUGAGACUGUAGGGAACACAAGAGAUAAGCCCCUCAAUGGCUCCUUUGUUACAGCCUUACUCAAUGACCUAUUUGGCAUCCAGGCUAGAGGCGGCUGUGACUGCGCAGGGCCGUACGGCCACGUUCUUUUAGGAAUCGACAAGACUAGCUCACAUGCUUAUAGAUGUGCCAUCCAGAAGGGCUAUGUGGGAUUGAAACCCGGAUGGACUCGAGUCAGUUUUCCCUACUACAUUUCAAAUGAUGAAUUUGACUUCAUCUUAGCUGCAUUGGAGUUUAUAGCAGCUUAUGGACAGAGGUUUCUUUCUUUAUAUGAUUUCAAUUUUAGAAGAGGAAGCAGCUGGACUAUCAAGAAGAAGGCACUCCAAAGCCUAAUUGUUGGGACGAAGAGGAACUGCCAUGACAAAGUUAAACAAGACUGCAUUAAUACAAAUGAUGGAGAGAAACAAGAAGAGCCGCUAAUCAGUAAAUUUGCCUCAUAUUUGGAAACGGCUACGCGCAUUGCGAGUCUCUUGCCCAAGUUCCCUCCUGAGCGUAGGCUCCAACAGGACAUAGACAUCAGCUUAUUGCACUUCAGAGUCUAACUCAAUAUAUAUAUGUAUAUUUUUUUUAUAUUUCCAGAUGCAUAUAUCAAUAUGUAUCCAUACAUGCACAUUUGUUAAUUCUUAUACAUAGAAUUUGAUUCUUUUUCUUUAGUUCAAA